UAGAAAUAUCAAAAAUCGAUCACUGAUUAUGUCAUAUAUAUACUUAUCAAUAUGUGAACAUUUGCUAAAUGUCUAUAUAUGUGGCGGAGAUAAAAUAUGACCAACACGUUUAACAAUGUCAUUAUUCAUUUUUUCAAAUUUUUGGAGUUUAACUAAAUUGAUAUAUUGCCUCGCGAUAUCUUUCAUUUUGUCGGAGACAAAAGUGACAUCACAGAAAACACAAUAUCUAUUUGUUGAUGUGUUGGUCGAUUCAAAGAGUUGUUCUGCCAAUGAUUCCCGCUGGAAUACACAACAAAAUAUUGUGUUUGAGAUACUGGACAAUCACCCUGAGCUAGGUCUCACUGGCUCAGGGAAAUACUGCGGCUGCAGAUUUUCGAAAGAGACAGUAUGUAAUUCAAUUGGUGGCAAGGCAGUUGAAUCGUUACUGUAUGACAGCAAGGACGGGUCAAUUCAUGCUAACGUCACACUGGAGGCAGAAAAUCCCUCUGGCUCAGUAGUACCUCAUGAUAAACAACCGUAUUACGUCUGUGCAAAGGGGACGAUCAUAACUGCGGAUGAUGCAAGGUACAAAACAUGCAACAAUCUUCAUCUGGCAAAUUUCAACAAUACAAUGACAAAAAAUAUGGCGUCUAGUGCGGAACCAUCUGGUCCUGGUGCAGCGAUCAUUGCCGGAGCAGCUGUCGGAGCCUUGGCCGUCCUGGGUCUUCUAUCUGCCCUGGGUUGGCUUGCCUACAGGCACAUAAAGAAUAACCGCCAGGUCGACGAUUCUGCAUCGAGUAGUGACAUUAAUCCAAUUAUACCCGGCACUGCGGGUUUUGGAGAGGCUCCCAAUUCGGUGCCGCCGGCUGGGACUAGUUAAAUUAUGAUAAAUUAUGAUACACAAGGAGUUAAUUUUUUUACAAUGUCUUGUUUUUAAAACUUGUACAAAUUCACUUGAGAAAUCAAUCUUAAUAUAAUCGAUUUUGUUAUCAAGUAGUAAUGUCAAAAUCUACUUGAUCUUUCAUUUUUCACAACAACAAAAAUGACAAAAAAAUAUAAGAAGCAAAAUACGCUUAUCAGCUGUUUAAUUAUGCAUGAACAAAAAUUAACAAAUAUUUUGUUUUAUAUUUUUAAAGAAUAGAACUGGAAAUAGAUAAAAGCAUUUAAUUUUGAGAAAAAAAAUAUUGUUAUUUUAUUUUGAUUUUAUAUUGAUUGUUAGAUCUCCAUUGUAAGAAAACGUUGUCUGAAUGUCUUAUUUUGUGUAUCCCUAAAUAUACACGAGUCAUUUGUAUAGAAAUAUGAAACAGAUGUAAUUUGUGAGUGAAGUAAAAUACACAAUUCAAUAAACUAAAAUUGAUGCAUCAUUGUUCUAGUUCCGAGGUCAUUUGAAUAUUGAUUCUUUUGUUAUUAAGUACACUUUAAAUGAACUUUUUUGUGAAUAUAGAAUUAGACUAUUAGAAUAUAGAAGAUGUUAAGAUGAAAUAUGUGUAUACUUAAGUAUAUAUCAUUUAAGAUUAGACUGUGGUAUGUGCAGUUACCAUCUUGAUAUAAAAUGUAGGGAUAACGCAUGUUUUUUCCGUGUUAUAACGUCUGCAGAAUCCCGAGGGAUUCU